UAAAUCCCACCUCACCCUCCCAUUUUCUCCCUACCACUCUCUUUUCUCUCUUCUUUCAUCAACAUCAUCAGCUCUUUCUCUUUCUCUCUUUCUGUCUUUCUCCCUCAAUUCUUAAUUCUCACUCCCAAAAUGCCUAAUUUCUCUACUUCUGUGAAGCUCAAGUAUGUGAAACUUGGGUACCAGUACCUUGUCAAUCACAUUCUCACUUUCUUGCUCAUCCCGAUUAUGGUAGGUGUUGUGAUUGAGCUUCUUAGUCUGGGUCCUGAUCAAAUCUAUGAGAUAUGGAACUCUCUUCACUUUAAUCUUCUGCAAGUCCUGUGCUCCUCCUUCUUCAUCAUCUUCAUUGCCACUGUCUACUUUAUGUCCAAGCCUCGCUCCAUCUACCUGGUCGACUAUGCCUGCUUCAAACCCCCUGUCACCUGCCGUGUUCCCUUUGCUACCUUCAUGGAGCACUCCAGGCUCAUCAACAGCGACAACCCCAAGAGCGUUGAGUUCCAAAUGCGAAUUCUUGAGAGGUCUGGCCUUGGCGAAGAGACCUGUUUGCCUGCUGCCAAUCACUAUAUUCCUCCCAAACCCACCAUGGAAGCUUCAAGGGGUGAAGCUGAGCUUGUCAUCUUCUCUGCUAUCGACGAUCUCUUGAAAAAAACUGGGAUUAAGACCAAGGACAUCGAUAUUCUCAUUGUCAACUGCAGUCUCUUUUCCCCCACCCCUUCCCUUUCCGCCAUGGUGAUUAACAAGUACAAGCUCAGGAGUAAUAUAAGGAGCUUCAAUCUUUCUGGCAUGGGGUGCAGUGCUGGCCUUAUAUCAAUUGAUUUGGCCCGGGACCUCCUUCAAGUUCAUCCCAAUUCCUACGCUCUGGUGAUCAGCACUGAGAUCAUCACUCCUAAUUACUAUAGCGGAAACCAGAGAGCAAUGCUUCUUCCAAAUUGUUUGUUCCGAAUGGGCGCCGCAGCAAUCCUUCUGUCCAACAGGAGACGAGAGAGGAGACGCGCCAAGUACCGUCUAGUCCACCUGGUCAGAACCCACAAGGGAGCUGACGACAAGGCCUACCGAUGCGUCUACGAAGAAGAAGACCCACAAGGGAAAGUGGGUAUCUCCCUCUCCAAAGACCUGAUGGUGAUCGCAGGAGAGGCCCUGAAAUCAAAUAUAACCACAAUUGGACCUCUUGUUCUGCCUGCCUCCGAGCAGCUCCUCUUCCUCUUCACACUCAUCGGCCGGAAAAUCUUUAACCCUAAGUGGAAGCCCUACAUUCCCGACUUCAAGGAGGCUUUUGAGCAUUUCUGCAUCCACGCAGGGGGCCGGGCGGUGAUCGAUGAGCUGCAGAAGAACCUGCAGUUGUCGUCGGAGCACGUUGAGGCCUCCAGGAUGACACUGCACCGCUUCGGCAACACAUCGUCCUCCUCACUCUGGUAUGAGAUGAGCUACAUUGAGGCCAAAGGGAGGAUGAAGAAGGGCAACAGGGUUUGGCAGAUAGCAUUCGGGAGCGGAUUCAAGUGUAACAGCGCAGUCUGGAAGUGCAACCGCACCAUUACAACACCGACCGAUGGGCCGUGGGCUGACUGCAUUGAUAGGUACCCGGUGUACAUUCCAGAGAUUGUCAAGCUCUGAUUCAUUAUUCUCUCUAGCUAUUAUAAUCAUAAGACAAAGGGAUGAAACAAACUCUAGUCCAUGGAAAAACCCUCCCAAAAUCCCAUAUCAAAGCGAAAACCACACACUACUCCAUCAUCAUUAUCAUCAUCUUCUUCCUCUUUUUUAUUUCAAGGGUUCAACACUCUCUCUUUUAACCAUGAACUCCUGUUUGUCACUGCUGGCCUGGAUCCGUACAUCCAUCCAUCACUUGAAUUCAACAACUGCACAUUUCCAUUAGCUUUUUAGUUGUCAUGAUGAUAAUUUUUAAUAUUGGUUUUAUUAUUGUGGCCCAUAAAUAAUCUGUAAUUUCUUUGAUUUUCUGAUCAAUCCUCAUCACCAUCAACCCCCCUGUGUGUACCGAAUCAUAAAUAAUCUUAUGAAAGAAACUAUACCAUAUAGCUA